UGUGGGAGUCGUUGAAACUAGAAGACCCUCAGCGUCGAGAGCUAGUGUCGGAGACGUUGUCGAAAUUUUAAUAUGAAUAAAUGACGGCUGCGGUUAUCAUGGAGGGCUUCCUUCAUCACAUGGCACCGCAGUUUCUGCACCCAGCGCUGCAGAGUUUUGGUUGUGGCGCGUUUCGGCCGAUAGGAGGCGCAUUUCAUCCGCUUUAUCCCGGAAAAGCAUUUGCUAGACAUUUGGGGGAGCAAUAUGCUCUUGGACAAAGCGUCGGCCAAGCAUUGAGAGGUGUCCGCGACGACAAUAGCACUCCGCCGCUCUAUCGGCAUGCAUAUACGGUGCGCGACGACACGAGCUCGCCCGGUUCUGCUGCCUCGGCCUCGCCCCGACCCUGCAAAGACGAGGACCAGACAGCCACCGCUACUUGUUCUGAUUCUCAUGAGUUGUUUUCACCGGACGGUGAACGUAAGUCUGCUUGUGGAGUAUGUGGAGCAAGACUCGGACCAGGCGUUGCUCAGGCGCAUUUCUUACAAGAACUCCAGCAUUUGUAUAGCCUAACAGCAAUACCUCGCGACGCAGCCGCUCCUUCACAUUCACUUCAUCAUCAAGAUGAGGAUGCUCGUUGGGAGACAUACCAACGCAUUCGCGCAAACCGACAGAGGAGACUAAAACUGCGUACCCGCAAGCGUCAUCAUACCGUGGAGAGCAUGCUCGGUUACGAUUUAGAAGACGAAAGGCGCGAAGAACGUCCUCGCGAGUCCCGUUCGUACGAUGCUGAAGACGAACCUGUCGACGUAGAGGGCGAUUCGCUCGGUUGGCCGGAAGCUGCCAUAAACGUCGACGAUAAAGAUUCACGCAACGAUGGAGAAAAAAUACACCUGAGUUACGCUGAAGAUCUUGAAAUAUCGAGCACCAACGAUACGAUGCAGUCGCCUGAACGCGUGAGGAUUGAGACUCCCAAGCCUCUGUCACUCGAGUGCGCCAAGACGGAGAGUGUGGAGAGGCCAGCCGAGGUGAGCACGUCGGAGUGGGCCGCCGGCACGGAUACGUGGCCUGCGCUCGCUGACGCUUACGCUCACGCUCGCCACAAGAUCGACGGCGAAAUGCCUUCCUCGACAGACUCGCGCAACUAAGCGUACAUUAUACCAUAAUCAUAUGCUACGACUUGUUGUGACUUGCUGGUGUAGUAAUCACUGUAACUGUAACUGUGGCUUCUGCACCAACGGUCACGAGUUUGAUCCCCUCACAUGACAAUUAUUUGUAUACCUAUAGAUCACGAGUGUCGCCAUAUCUGUGUGCUGCGUCUAAUAGGACCAUAGACACAAUGUCCCCUAAGUAUCCUCACUACGGUGUGAGGGCCGUGGAUCGUGAGGUUUUAUUCAUUUAUUAAAUAAAUCAACGUCACGCCUCUGUCCUGACGCCAAGGAAGGAAGUUUAUAUGUGAAUAGGCGAAUGACUUUGACGUCACAAUAUUGGCUUUCUUCGCGGCUUCUUCGUCCUAAUAAAACAAAAGUACUAAGUUUUCU